GGAUUGCUCCUAAUACUAGUGUUUGUUUGUUGAUGCUAACCUGCUUACCUGAGUAUAUUAGAAUGUGACCGAUCCGCAUUCAUGUGGCUUACUGAUUAAGUGUCGACAAUCUAAUCAUAUCUAUUUGAGCAAAGGCACAACAAGCGGAGAAUAAAAUACGAGCAUUCGCUGAUUAGGUUUCGUCGAAGAAACGUCACGUGAAAAUGAAGGUUUUACUGUUACUGACAAUUCUUUUAAUUUUUGGGACUUCAUUUCAAAUUUCUCUACCAUCCUCUCCAAGUUACGAGGCUGGUGUUGUUGAAUUCAACUACGAAAGAGAACCAUCCAUAACACAGUACUCGCGCACAGCUUCAAAUCUGGCUAAUUAUUUGGAAAUUAUGAGAACCGCGCCUAUGACUCUGGACAUCAUCGUUUUUCCUGAAAUGACCUUGAAUCAAAUGCAAACAGCGGUUGAAAUUCCAGAGCCAAAGGAUAAGGUGUCGCCCUGUGACAGCGUAGACUAUCUGGAAGAUAAUCUUGUGAAGCAAAUUUCUUGUUCAGCCAAAAUGUAUCAACGAUAUGUUGUUGUUGGUGUCGUUACUAAAGUUUACUGUCCGGAUGAAGAUAUGAUAGAACAGAAUGACCAACGCAAUUGUUCGGAUCGUGAAGAUAGAAUGAGCUAUUACAAUACUAAUGUUGUCUUUGACAGAAACGGAAUGGUUGUUUCACGUUAUCGCAAGUUUAAUUUGUUUGGCGAAGAUGUUGAUAGGCCGUUAGUGCCGACGUUAGCCGUAUUCGAAACAGAUUUUGGCGUUAGAUUUGGUCAUUUUAUUUGUUUCGAUAUACUGUUUCGCUAUCCAGCGUUGGAGCUGAUUCGAAGCGAAAACAUUACUGACAUCAUUUAUCCCACCAUGUGGUACAGCGAAAUGCCAUUUUUAACUGCAGUACAAGUUCAACAUAGCUGGGCAUACACAAACAAUAUCAAUCUGUUGGCAGCUGGUGCAAACAAUCCGCUAAUCGGUAGCACUGGUACUGGUAUAUUUGCGGGUAGAAGAGGGUCUUUGAUUUCCAUCAUGGAAGGGAUGAACACUACAAAUCUUUACACUGCGAUCGUACCCAAAAUUGGUCUUGGUGAUCAAAUUCCAGUAACGGAAAGCUCAGUGGAAAGAGGAAGAGAAGAAGUAGCUGUAAUGGCUCUGAAUCGUGAGAAUCUCGAGAACUACACUGUCCAAUUUUUGCACUAUCCAUCAUCUACUGGUUCUACGUAUUUUAUGACCUUAUGUCACGAUGAAAACUACUGUUGCAAAUUCGUCUAUGGAUUUGAAAAAUUAUCCACUGAAGAAAUGUCAUAUAUUUACGCAGCUGUAGUUUUCCACGGAAUUCGGAUAAUGGAUGGUUCUGGGUAUGGUGUAACUGUAUGUGCUGUGAUAGCAUGUCAAACAUACGAUAAAUCAACUUGUGGUGUAAGGAAUGAAUCCCUUAGUUUCGACCAUGAUUGGCACACGUUAGAAAUUACUGGUCAAUUUCCGAUCGGUGACCAAUAUAUCUAUUUUCCAACAACUUUAGAUUCAUCAAUCAUGCCGUUGAAGAUUAAUCAAUUCGGAGUCACUAAAGCAUUAUUGUCGAGUGACAGCUCGAUUAUGGAAUACUCCAUGAAAUCACGUGGUAAAAUCAGAGAAUUCUAUACUUUUGGAAUAUAUGGACGCGACUUUAGCUUAGAUGGAACUAAUGGAAGUGAAAUUGUAAAGGGUUCGUUUUUUUCAAUAGUUGUUGGACUAACAGUGACAGCUGUUGAAUAUUGGAUAACAGAGCGUACAGUCUAAAAUAAAAUUGCUCAUAAUUGCA